AAUUCUUUGUGCCGUACGCGCCAAGAAGUGUUUACGCGCGAAAGCUGCAGGCGAAAGUCGUAGAGGACUUUAAUCUUGUUGUUCACGGUACGCUACAAUUUGACAGAUGCCGACUGCCACUGCAACACUCCGGUUUGUGAAGCUAACGGAAAAUGCAUUUGCUCCUUCGAAAGAAUCUUCAACAGCAGCGGGAUAUGAUCUGAAAAGUGCGUAUGAUAUAGUCGUCCCCCCACAUGGAAAAGAACUUGUGAAAACUGAUAUUAAGAUACAACUGCCUAAAGGUUGCUAUGGGAGAAUAGCUCCACGGUCAGGUCUAGCUUUAAAACAUCACAUCGACGUCGGAGCUGGUGUUGUUGAUGAGGACUACAGAGGAAAUGUUGGCGUUGUUCUUUUUAAUCAUUCGGAUAAGCCCUUCAGCGUUCAGCGUGGCGACAGAAUAGCACAGCUAAUAUGUGAACAGAUAUUCUAUCCAGAUCUGGAGGAAGUUCAGGAACUAGAAGAUACUGAUCGUGGCUCUGGUGGAUUUGGUUCAACAGGCACAAAAUGAAGUUUCAUUUCUGCAGUCAGUGCAUUAUCCUUACAUUAAGUGGUAAUUUUUCUGAUCUGUUUUUUUCUACGUUGGAUUUGUUUGUUCAUUUCAGUAUUUUAUAGUUUUAAAUGCAUUUAUUGUUUGUGAUGUUUAAAAGUAGUGAAAAUAGGCAUUACCUGGACAUUUUUUUUUGUCUUUCCUUGAAGUUUUAAAUUAAAGAUGUGUUUGUAAAAUUUUUAUUCGUGCAUCUGGGAUAAACAAGUACAAAAAAAUUCAAUCUUUCCAUUUUAACAGUACAUCAUUCAUUUUAUAGAACUGGAAAAAACUUUGAACUCUAUUUUGGACAAUGUAACACCUAUGGUUGUUAAGUAGACUAUAUUUCGGGGUUAAGUGGACUUCUGUUAAAUAAAUUAUAGCACACUAAAUAUAAAAACAUGCUGCAACAUUAGCAAAGGAGUUUGAUGUGUGAAUGGGGAGAAAUCAUGGCAGUAACAAAACUAGCGCACACUGACUUCAAUAACAGAUAUCAUAUCAAGUGCGCAUGACCUGUGUUGGAUUGGAUAGUUUGACAAUUAUUUCACAUGGAGAAACAAUGGUGGUGUCUUCCUCUGCAGCUUCAGAUUUUGUAAUAGCAACUGCUACUGUAUCUUCUAAAAUUUAAUUUUACAGCAGCCAUCACAUUUUAAAGACUUCAACAACAUAAUUGUGACUACUUGGGGCAGUUUUUCCUCGUACUUUAAUUACAGUGAAGUCAGCUUUCUGUACUGAUUCAACGUUUUCUUCAGCAUCCUUUUACAGAUUAGUGACAGAGGAGUCAAUAUACUGAACAUAAGAAUCUUUGAGUUGCUUGCUUAUUUUCAAAUAUUUGGCAUUUGGUGGAAUACUUUACCUUGUGUAACUUAGGCUUCUUUACUAAUGGCUUUGAUCUUGUCCUGCUGUUGCCUUUGUUGUUCAAUGGGUGUUCUGGUAAUAAAUCAGUUUUCCUAUUUUUUACUACUUGGAUUGUUUCACCAACCUUAGGAUGUGGCCAAACUUGCACGGAUCUAAUUUUGUAGCUUGAUCUUUUGGCAUGUCAUACUUAUGUAUGUAUGUUUGCAUCGUCUUCCUGUGAACAAUCUGCUGUUUCUCGCUGAACUGGUAGAGGUCUGUCUGUUACAUAACAAAAUAGUUUGGUAAAUAUAUUCUGAACAUAACGGUUCAGUACCACUGACACUAGUCUUUAAAGAUGUUGAAAGAUCAUAAAUAUCAAAGGACAUAGUACAUUUAAAAAGUGCAGCAUCAUGUAUGCUAACCCUCUUUGCAUUGGCUGAUGUUCGUGUGAAAUGACGAGCAUGCACUGUCAGAAGCCUUUAGAGGUCCAAAUACUGUCAAAUCUAAGAGCUGCAUCUCAUGACUGCUGUGAGUAGGAAAAGCUAACAAAAGAAUGCCACUGCCUUAAACUUAAUUGAAGGUAUCAGUAUUGUGUGACUCAUGGUUGUCCAGACUAAUUUUGGUGCAUGUUUCACAAAAUUCUUUAAUACGGAUGCAUCACUCAUCCCCUUGAAUUGGCUUCUCCUCCACUUCCCUAAAACAAAUGUUGGCACUACUUUUCCUGUAGCUACUACAGAUGGGCGCCCCCCCCCCCCCCCCCACACACACACACACACACACACACACACACACACACACACACACACACACACACACAAAUUACUGGCCAGACAUUUGACCUACGUUUCUUGGUCAGUCUUGUAGACGGCAUGUGAACUCUUGUCUCAUCAAGACUGUGAACAUCUCAUGAGCCAAAUUAAAAAUCUUGCUUUUAUAUCUCGCAAUUUAUCAUGGAAUACAGCCACUGUUAAGUAUUUGCUCUUGGUCUGUAGUGUUAGAUUAUGGCUCUUCCAAAAAGCAGCGAGCCAGUUUUCUCCUGCUGUUUUCAUGUUUUCCCAAUUUUAAUAUUCUGUUUGCUGUGACUCAAAAGUAAGUUUUGGCGAGCUGUUAUGAGUGUUGUAACAUUUUCUGACCACCACAUGCUCAUCAUCCAGAGAAAAGGGAAAAAAAACCUUGUAGGUGUUCAUUCUGAGGGUAAAAGUUAAAUUUUGAGGUAUCUCCUGCAACUCUAAUCUCCCAGUGCAGUGUUUCAGUGUAAUAAGAGAAAUAUCAGUGUGCACUGCAGCUUGACUGUCUAGUCUCUCUCCAUUUGCUAUUGAUUUUAAAACAUUUUUCAGGUCUGUUGCAGCAUAUAACCUAUUAUGUGUUGCACAUAGACAAUUUUUAAGUUUUUUCUAAAAGAAAAUGUAAAAAAAAGGUUUUUGUAUUGACAGUGCAAAUUUUAUAAAUGUGAAUUUAUUUCACAUUUGCAUCAAAUUUAUUUUCUUCCAUUGACAAUUUUUUGGGGUUAAUGGAAACAAUCUGCUACAGCUCAAAAUUUACUGGUCCACUUAACCCUAUCUUCAUUUUAGGAACAGUUUUCAAAAUGACUCCAUGUGUAGCUUAUAUUUCAUGGAGUUUUGCAAAGCAAUAACAGUUGAAUUUUACUCAAACUAACAAAACUGUAUACUAUUAGUAAUUAAAAAUGAGAAUUUGUUAGUUGUGAAAACAAAAUUAUUCUUACCUGUGCAUUUUACUACUUCAUCUGUAUCUGUGAACGUAGCUAUCUACAACAGCCACAUUAGCUCACACAGUACAGAGAAAAAAUCUUGAGUAUGUGUGUUGAUGUAAUAGUUCAGUUAACCCUUUAACUCCUGAAUAUAGGUUUGAAUCUCCCACAUAAUUACAAAGUGUGUAACAUCCUUAUGAAAACUAGCACGUUAUCAAAAACUUUUAUUGUGUUUUGUGAAGUUUGUUAAAUUUGUCUUAUUCCUUGUGUUGUUUGAUAAUAAAGAAUGGCUCAGCGCAAUACA